AUGGAUGUGGGACUAGGAUUUCUUGGUGAUACAUAUCAUACAGAUGACAGAUUAAGUAUGAUAUGUAUAUAUGAAAUACGUAAUCAAAGAACUGCAUUAGAUAUUCAAGAUAUACCAUUAUUUCAUUAUCAAGAAUUUUUAAUUUUACCUUAUUCAGCAUUUAAAAUAAUAGAUAUUCAAGUAAAUAAAGACAAAUCACCUAAUGUGGAAAUAAAACUAAAAGAAUGUGUGCCACGGUAAAUGUUCACAAUGAUUGAAACUGAGAUUUUACGAUGAUUUAUAUCCUUAUUAUAAUAUGAUAAAUAAAAGCAAAAUGAAAAUAAGUGGAAAAAAAAGGAGGUUCAUUCUAUCACAUUUGACAGAACUGACAUAAUUUAGUGUUGAUUUAGCAUAGAUUUAUAACAGAAAAAUAUUCAUUUUCAUGAGACCUCUGAUAGAAUCAGCACUAGCAGUUGUUCGACUUAUUUUAUUUGCUUUCUUGCUUUUAAGAUGGAUGUGUAUAACGUUGAAGAGAAGAUCAACAUCCACACCUAAACAAGCUCUAACAUAUCAACUCAUUUUAUCUCUCAAACAACAAAAUUAUUUCUUAAAAUAAAUCCAUUUAGUUUAAUUCAAUAAUUUUGUGUUUAUCUGUUCAAAUCUCUUUUUCAAUAUAUUUGUUUUUACUCAAAUCUCUCUCGAGGAAAAUCAAGCUCAUAUUUUUUCUUAUUAAAAGCAUUUACAAAAGGAUACUGAAUGGUUAAAUUUUUCUACUCAUAAAAAUACUAGUUUAUUUACAAUUGUUCGGUAUACCAAAAACAUCAAAAAGAAUAUUUUCAAAAAUGAAAAACAUGCAAAAAAAACAAAGUUUAUUUUAUUCAUUUAUCUAUCUACAUAUGAAUUCAUUUAUUAUUUAUUCAGUCUUGGUUCUUUUAUUUUUACAACAUUAUUUGCCCAUGUUAUUCAUUCUUCACUUCCCCACAUAUUUUCUAUGCAUUCUCUUGCUUCAGUACUGUACAACCUUCCUUUUCGAACCUAAACUGUAUUUUUUAUACACAUUCUUAUAAUUAAUUCAUCUUUACUUGUGCGUGUUUUUAUGUUCGUACGCAUUUCUUUUUUAAGUGAUUUUGCCGUGAACAAUUCAUAUUCUACCGAGAAAAGUGUCUCAUUAUAAGUUUAUGCGACAUAUGAGUAGCUAUAUUAAGAAAAAGUUAGAGGCAGUUAAGACUGCUAUUUUUACUCAUUUACACCCCUACAUGAGUCAGAAAAAUAGAACGAUUGCACAUGUGGAGGAGUUAUAAACGAGUAAUAAUAACAACAUAAAGAAAAAAGUAGUAUAUUUUGUUUCAUAGUCAUGUAGAAUUGGUAUGAAAUAGGUGUGAAUACAUUACUCUAUGUCACGAACCUCCUACAUUGAUGAAGAAAGAGCAAAGAAAAAAUAGGAAGUGACGGUAUUGUAUAAAAAGAAGCCUUUGAAGAAGAAACUCCUUCUCUUCUCCGUAAAAAAUGGGUGAAUUUCAAUGUGGAAGAAAUAUUUCGCUCUGUCUAAACUUAAAUAAUUUAACCUUGUGUUCUUCAGAAAACAAUAUUUGUGUACAAAAUCACGGCUAUUGUGUUUUUAAAGAGAAUAUUAAACCAAGAUGUCAAUGUUUACCUUGUUUUGUCGGAAAAUAUUGUGAGGAAGAAAAAGUAUCUAGAAAUUUAUGGUUUGUCUUUACACCUUUCGAUGAAGUAGCUCCAACUGGAGCUUCAACUC